AUGGAGGCCAAGACCCUCACCAGCGAAACUGCGGACAUAAAACCAGAUUUUAAAAAUAAAAAUAUGUUCGUUGAAUCUGGCAUGACAGAAAACCUUGAUCCAGAAGACGAGAAAAAGUUGAUUCGCAAGAUCGAUCUACGCCUUUCGUAUAGUGCAAUACUUGGACUUCGAGAAGAUCUUAACCUUGUUGGCCAACAGUAUAGUUGGACGUCCAGCAUUUUUUACAUCGGUUAUCUCUGCGCAUGCUAUCCAAUCUCACUUGGCUUUGUGAAGUUUCCUUUAGGGAAAUAUCUCACCAACAUCCUCACUGUGGUGAAAUAUUCUUGCUCACAUCGCAGUUUCCUCUGGGGCGUUGUUCUGACCCUCCAUGCUGUCACCAACAGCUAUGCGAGUCUCAUGGCUCUUCGAACGCUGCUGGGUGUGUUUGAGAGCGCUAUAAGUCCUGGAUUUUCUCUAAUUACGGGAAUGUGGUAUACACCACGAGAACACGUCUCACGACAUUCCAUCUGGUUUGCAGGAAAUGCACUCGCCAGCAUCAUCGGCUCUUUGAUUGCCUACGGUCUUCUCAGUUAUGAGGGUAGCAUCGCCCAGUGGAAGCUUCUUUUCUUGCUAUUUGGCCUUAUUACGGUUGCAUGGUCUGUUGUGACAUUUUUCUACCUACCCGACUCUCCGCAAACUGCCGGCUUUCUCUCGGACUCGGAGCGAGAGUUCGCGGCGCUGCGUCCUUAUAAGUUCCAAAAGACCGUGCAAACCAAGUCUUGGGACCGCAAUCAAUUUAUCGAAAGCCUGAAGGAUGUAAAAACAUGGUGGUUCUUCCUCUUCUCGUUCGUCAUUUGUGUACCCAACGGAGGGACAACGAGCUUUAACACCCUGAUCAUCAAUGGCUUCGGAUAUGAUAAAUAUCAGACAAUCCUGAUGGGAUUGCCGGCAUCUGCAUUCCAGCUAGUCACGGUUCUUCUAUCCGCUGUCUUGAGUUCCACAAUUCGGAAAUCUCGCCUUAUUAAUCUCGUGCUUAUUUUCUUGAUGGCGAUGGCCGGGAUCCUUAUGGUAAAACUUCUACCGUCGACCGACAAAUUACCGCGGCUGGCUGGGUUUUGGCUUGUGAUGGCAGUUUCCCCAGCAUUCCCGUUGAUGCUAUCACUGGCAGCGAGUAAUAUUGCAGGCUUCACGAAGAAAUCGACUGUUAUGGCCAUGAUAUUUUUGGGAUAUUGUGCGGGCAAUCUUAGCGGCCCGCAGUUCUUCAUUUCGACGGAAGCACCUGAGUAUCACACUGCUUAUACCACGAUUUUGGUCUGCUACGCUAUUACCAUUGGUCUAGUAAUCGCGUUUCGAUUUUAUCUCAUGUGGGAGAAUGCUCGCCGUGAUACGGAGCAAGGCGUCAAGAUUGACCCGGAGGAAACUCGCCAGGUCAACCUGAGUGAGGGCGAGGAUGUACUUCAGCUGGACCAAACUGAUCAGCAGAAUAGGUCUUUCAGAUAUAUCCUGUAG